GUGGCGUGGCUAGAAUCCCGACGGAGAGGCGGGGUUCGCGAGCUUUAAUCCUGCUUCUGUGCAUGCGCGGCUCCGUGCAGCUGCUGGGCUGACGGAGGUAGUGGCUGCUGAGCCUGAUCCCCGCGGGACCAGAGAGACUAGGCCGGAGGCUAGAGUGGCGGCGGCGGCGGCGGGAGAGCAUGGAGUCCGAGGCGUCGGCAGCGGGAACCCGUCCCGCCGGAGGGCUUGGGCCGAGGACCAAGGCUGCGCAGAGCGCGGGGCCCAAGGCCGCCGGCCGGAUGGCCAGACUCUUUGGCUUCGAGCUGGCGCAGCUGUCCAGCUGGCAGCGGCUGGUGAGCCUCCUGAAUCGGCCAACUGACCCCGCGAGCCUGGGAGUCUUCCGGGUCCUCUUUGGACUGCUCAUGGCGCUGGACAUCCCCCAGGAGCGGGGGCUUAGCUUCUUGGACCACAGGUACCUCGACGGGCUCGAGGUGUGCCGCUUCCCCUUGAUAGAAGCCCUGCGUCCGCUGCCCCUCGACUGGAUGUACCUCGUCUACACCGUCAUGUUUCUGGGCGCACUGGGCAUGACACUGGGGCUGUGGUACCGCCUGAGCUGCCUGUUGUUCCUGCUGCCCUACUGGUAUGUGUUUCUGCUGGACAAGACCUCCUGGAACAACCAUUCCUACCUGUAUGGACUGUUGGCUUUCCAGCUGUCCUUCAUGGAUGCGAACCGCUACUGGUCCCUGGACGGCUUGAGAAAUCGCUCUAAGAAGAACGCCCACGUCCCACUUUGGAACUACACAGUCCUGCGUGGACAGAUAUUCAUUGUGUACUUCAUUGCGGGAGUGAAGAAGCUUGAUGCAGAUUGGAUUGGAGGCUAUUCCAUGGGCUCCCUGGCCCGGCACUGGCUCUUCAGCCCCUUCAAGCUGGUGCUCUCUGAGGAAAUGACCAGCCUGCUCGUGGUACACUGGUGUGGGCUGCUGUUGGACCUGUCGGCCGGCUUCCUGCUCUUUUUUGAUGCUUCCAGACUCGUUGGCCUUCUCUUUGUGUCCUACUUCCAUUGUAUGAACUCCCAGCUCUUCAACAUUGGGAUGUUUCCCUUCGUCAUGUUGGCCAGCAGCCCCCUCUUCUGCUCCCCUGACUGGCCCCGGAGGUUAGUUGCCCGCUGUCCUCAGUGGCUCCGAGGCCUGCUGCCGACCACGGCUGAUGCCCAGCCCAGUUUGUCCUGCGUGUAUAAGAGAAGCCGGACCAAAGGCAGCCCCGGGACCCGGCUGCGACAUCGGCUGGGAGCCAUCUUCACAGUGUUCUAUCUGCUGGAGCAGCUCUUCCUGCCCUACUCCCACUUUAUUACCCAGGGCUAUAACAACUGGACCAAUGGGCUCUAUGGGUACUCCUGGGACAUGAUGGUGCACUCUCGUUCCCACCAGCAUGUCAAGAUCACCUAUCGAGACGGCCGCACCGGGGAGUUGGGCUACCUUAACCCUGGGGUGUUUACACAGAGUCGGCGGUGGAAGGACCACGCAGACAUGCUGAAACAAUACGCCGUGUGCCUGAACCGCCUGCUGCCCAACUACAAUGUCUCGGACCCCCAGAUCUACUUCGAUGUCUGGGUCUCCAUCAAUGACCGCUUCCAUCAGAGGCUUUUUGACCCUCGAGUGGACAUUGUGCAGGCUGCUUGGUCUCCCUUCCGUCCAACCCCCUGGCUACAGCCCUUGUUGCUGGAUUUAUCUCCUUGGAGGGAGAAGUUUCAGGAGAUUGAGAGCAGCCUGGACAACCACACUGAGGUGGUGUUCAUUGCCGACUUCCCUGGCUUGCACUUGGAGAAUUUUGUGAGUGAAGAUUUGGGCAAUACUAGUAUCCACCUACUUAAAGGGGAAGUGAUCGUAGAAUUGGUGGAGCAGCAGAGGAAUCUCUCUCUUCAGAAAGGGGACAGGAUUCAGUUACCAGCUGGGGAAUAUCACAAAGUCUAUACGGUGUCAUCGGGCCCUUCCUGUUACAUGUACCUCUUUGUGAACACCACAGAGCUGAAGUUGGAGCAAGAGUUAACGAAGUUACAGGAACUCAAGGAGAAAAUAGAGAAUGGGACUGAAUCCGGACCUCUGCCUCCAGAGCUUCGCCCCUUGCUGGAAGGGGAAGUGAAAGGUGGACCUGAGUUAACUCCUGUGCUCCAGAUCUUCUUGCGUCGACAACAGCGUCUCCAGGAAAUCCAGAGGUGGCGCAGUUCCCCUUCCUAUGAAAGGUUCUAUCGCUUCUGGCUUCGAAAGCUCUACAUCUUCCGCCGAAGCCUCCUGAUGACUUGUAUCUCUCUGCGCAAUCUAAUCCUGGGUCGCCCCUCCUUGGAACAGCUGGCCCAGGAGGUGACCUAUGCAAACCUGCGGCCCUUUGAGUCACCUGCAGAAACCCCCCCUGGCAAGGCAGCAAAUUUGGAUGCUAACACUAAUCCGGAGUCAAGUCAUACACACACACACUCAGAGCUCUGAGUUGUCAAGGCAUUUUAUGAGAACCAAAUUAUGUAUUUGUAUAGAAUAACCUUUUUGAAGUCAUUUUUAAAAAAUUCUCUUGCCCAUGCCUCUUUAUUCAAAUGACAUAGUAAUCGCAAACAGUCCAAGCAAAGUGUCACUGUAUCCAUUUUUCUUUUUUGCUUCGUUAGGAUGAGUUCAUAAGGCAGCAGUGUUAAGAUAGCUCUAUUGACAGUUGGAGCCAGUCUCUUAUCACUAAACUCACUAAUCCACCGUCCAGUUCUAGAUAGGCCCAGCCCUGCUUGGUCAAAGUCUGUCUUUACCCCAAACCAAAGAACAUCAAGCCUCCCUGUUCUGCUGAGUUUUCUGGUACUCUUGCCAUUCAGAGAAACCCCCACAGGAGCCUUACUGCUACCUCCUCUUGAGGCACCUGACUUACUGAGUUUAUAGGAAAAGGGUCAGUAGUUGACUAUCAAUUACUAGGACUAGCGUUGUAGUUAAAAAGCCCAGCUUGUGGGAACAUCUUGCUCCCCAGUAAUCUGGGGAGUCCAAUCUUGCUGGUUUUUCAAGAACUAAAACAGUCCCAUCUGGUGUUGGGAAAUCCAAUGAUUCCUGACAGAGCUGAGAGAUGCACUUAGACCUGUUGCUUCUGCAGACUCAAAGCUGUGUGGGCUACUUAAAACAGAUUAUCCUCACCUAGUUUUGAGGAUUAGAUGUUUCUGUUAAAGGAUGGGGCAAACAACCUGGUACACAUAGUGGGUGCUAGCCAUAUAAGUGCUUGCUUGCUUCUUUCCUAGAUCACUUUUCCCAGUAAUGGGGCUGGUAGACCCAGGAUGCCCUAUACAGUUACCAGUAAACUCAGCAGUCAAGCCUGGCUCAGUGUCCAAUUUGCUCAGUGCCAGCCCUUGCCCUCUUUGGGGGAGGUGAAGGGGGAGCAACGAGGACAGGACACUAAAGCAAAGGCCCUUAGGAAGAGCCUGUCCUCAAUUUAAAUCAACUUCCUAAAGUAAAACUUAGAAACUUAAGUGUUCCAGUAUAUAUUUUAAUCCCUUUAAGGAACUAAAGAGCUGGUCUACAGAAGGGGAUGCCAGGGUGGCUGUAACCCUUGAGAACAGGCCUUUCUUCCUUGCCCCUCCCUAGCACUUGGGACUUGGCCCAAGGAGCUACCACUUCUAUUGGUCUUUUGGCCAGAUGGAAGAAAAGCCUCUUCCUGAUUUAUCUGCUACCACACAUCACAUGGUUCUCAGGUUUACUAAGUCAGGUUCAUCUAGCACCUCCUACUGAAAGGAGACAGAGAGAGGAAAAUGUUCUCCAAGGAUAGAAACUGCCAACUACAACCAGUUCUUUAAAAAUUUCAGUCAACUAUUAAGUGUUAUAGGAUUUGUUCUCACCCUAUUUUAAGGAUUGUCAGUUCUUUUCUGGUGGCAACCUCAGCUCAUGAUUUUAAGGCUGGAUAGAGGUGAAAAGGGACUUUAAAACCUGUGGUCACUAGAUCAUCUCACCCUGAAUAGGGGAGAAUGAUUACACUGUUUCCAUAGGCUGCCUUUCUUAAUCUUAAGGCUUCUCCAAACCCUGUGACAGAGCAAAUGCAGAACCCCCUAAAUAAAAAGUUAGAAAUUUUUAUCUUUUGGCCAGCUACCUGAAAGGACUUUUGGCCAACCUUGCAAUAUGUGUCCAUCUCCCAAAGCUCCUUACUAUUCUGUCUCUUAGUUUCAGCCCUUAGUUACCUAAUAAAAAAGAAACCGGCCACCCACUUUCUUCCCUAGGAUGUGCUGUAAAACUGGUCUUACAAAGUAGAUCAUCUGCUCACAGGUAAAAGAAGCACUACAGAGUAGGGUAGUUUAGUGCAUCAGCUGUGUACUAGACUAAGCACUGCUUCUAGACAUCAAAGAAUGCCCCAUCUUUUCAGGAGUGAAUGGACACAUUGUAAGGUAGAACCUAGCAUUUUAUUUAGAUCUUCAUUAAACUGUUGGAAUUGAGAACCAGACAUACGUAAUAAACCUCCAAAAAAUAGAUCCUGAAAGGCACUUUCUGCUUAGGGCAGCAGCCAUGGAUUAGGCAUGUAAACAAGCUGGCUUCUCUGUACCACACCAGCCAAGUCAGCUUCCUCCAUAGCCAGCUGCUCCAGCUCUGCCCUCCCUUCUGUUAACACCAGCCAGACCCCCGUGUAGGUGUUACCCAAGGUUCUUCUGUAGGACACCUUGGCCUACCUGGGAAUGCUGGAAACAUGGUCAAAGGAAUCAUGGUGUCAAGGAUUUUUUUUUUUUUAAAAGCUGCCCUCUGAGGUGAUAGCUUCUCUGUACUCACGCCACACCCCAGAAUACAAUAAAUAAGCAAUUAGAAAAUGUUCAAGUAUGAAGGGAUUUCCUUCUCCUCCCCGCCAAAAGCAUUGCUCUCUGAAGGAAGCUGGUUUCUCUGUAUCUACACCAGCUGCUCAGAAAGCUCAUUGGACCUGGUUUUGAAAAUAAAACAAAGUUAAAAACCCUG